CCCAUUUUUUCAAUUUAUAAAUGGUACCCAGAGGCCAGAGUUGAAAUAGAUCAAACCUCAAAACUUGCGAGAGACAAGAGAGAGAGUGAGAUUGCGGAGUUGUUCGUUAAUCAGGCGGGGCAUUACGCGGAGGGUCGGCCUAAUUACCCUCCAGAAUUGUUUCAAUUCAUUGCUUCCAAGACACCUUGUCAAGACCUUGCGUGGGACGUUGGCACCGGAAACGGUCAGGCUGCUCGAUCGCUAGCUGGGAUCUAUAAGAAUGUGAUAGCCACAGAUACAAGCCCAAAGCAGCUGUCAUUUGCGACAAGGCUACCCAAUAUAAGGUACCAACAAACCCCUCCCACCAUGUCCAUAGCCGAGCUUGAAAGCAAAGUUGCUCCUCAAUCAAGCGUCGAUGUUGUGACUGUUGCUCAGGCCUUCCACUGGUUCGACCUCCCUAAUUUCUACCAACAAGUGAAAUGGGUACUCAAAAAACCAUAUGGUGUCAUAGCUCCAUGGUGCUACACCAUGCCAGAAGUUAAUGACUCGAUCGACUCAGUCUUUCAAACCUUUUACAAUACUGCUAUAGAAACCUAUUGGGAGCCGGCACGUAAAUUAGUGUUCGACAAGUAUAGGAGCAUCGAUUUUCCAUUUGAGCCGGUGGAUGGAGUUGAUCACACUGGGCCAUUUGAGUUUGUGAAUGAAAAAUUGAUGGAUUUAGAUAAUUAUUUUACUUACAUGAGAUCGUUGUCAGCAUAUCAAAAAGGGAGGGAGAAUGGUGUGGAGUUUUUGAGCGAUGAUGUGGUUGAGGAUUUUAAGCGUGCUUGGACUGACGAUGGACAAGACCAGAAGGUUGUCAAAUUUCCUGUUUAUCUAAGGAUUGGAAGAGUGGGGAAUAUGUAAAAUCAAAAGACUAGCUUAGAGCAACUGUAGCUCGUUUUAUAGGGAACUGAACUAAACCAUUUUGUUCCAAAGGAGUAUUGAGUCCAUUUCCCUUGUCAAUUGUGUUUAUCACAUUGCCAUUUUAUAUUAUGGAAUUCUGCUGUUGAA